AUGAGCAGCUCCCAGGGUCGCCUCGCUGGCAAGAACUGCAUCGUCACCGGUGCUGCUGGUGGCAUCGGUCUCGAGACCACCAUCCUGUUCGCCCGCGAGGGCGCCAAGGUCCUGAUGUGCGACAUCUCCGGCCCGGCGCUCGAGAAGGGCUUGGCGAAGGCGAAGGAGCUGUCUCCCGCCGGCGCUGUGAUCGAGAGCAAGAUCGUCGACGUCUCGUCCGAGGCCUCGGUCAAGGCCGCCGUCGACCACGUCGACGCGUGGGGCGGUCUGGACGUCAUCUUCAACAACGCGGGCAUCAUGCACGCCGACGACGCCGACGCCGUCGACACGCCCGAGAAGAUCUGGGACCUGACCCAGAACAUCAACGUCAAGGGCGUCUGGUUCGGCAGCAAGCACGCCGUCCUCUCCUUCCGUAAGCACGGCAAGAAGAAGGGCUCCGUCAUCAACACCGCCUCCGUCGUCGCCCUCGUCGGCUCUGCCACGCCCCAGCUGGCCUACACCGCCUCCAAGGGCGCUGUGCUCGCCAUGACCCGUGAGCUGGCCAUUGUCCACGCCCGUGAGGGCUACCGCUUCAACUCCCUCUGCCCCGCUCCCCUCAACACUCCUCUCCUCCAGGACUGGCUCGGUGACGACAAGCCCAAGCGCCACCGCCGUGAGGUCCACUUCCCCACUGGCCGCUUCGGUGAGGCCAUCGAGCAGGCCCAGGCCGUCGUCUUCCUUGCCAGUGACGAGGCCAGCUUCGUUAACGGUACCGACUUUGUCGUUGACGGUGGCAUGACCAAGGCCUACGUCACCCCUGAGGGCCCGCCCUCCGAGGCUCCCCAGAACCUUGCUUCUGGCAGCUUUGUCGGAAAGUGA